UGCAUCACUGCUGAAAAUCUUGAAUGAGGAAGUUUGCACUUCCUGAUUUUCACAGAAGGUGUGAAGAUGGCACGUAUUUUAUUUUGGGGAGUUCUUUUGCUGCUUUCAUUUGAAAUACAAGGGCUCCGACAUGUGUUUCUCCUCCGUGGAAAGGACUUACACCUGGAUGUAGAGAAAUCUGUUGUACUAGACAAAAAAACUGAUUUAUUAUGGAAAGUUAAUAAAACUAACAAUAUAGCUAAAUGUGCUUUUAAUAAUGAUCCAGUUGUGUUUGACAAAUAUGAAGGAAGGGCUGAGCUCUUCAGGCAAAAUUACUCUUUGUUAUUAAAGAAUGUGCAACACCAUGACAGUGGAGAAUAUACUGCAUUCAUGGUUAGCGAUGAAGACCAAAAGGUAGCUGAAUACAAGGUCAUAGUCCAAGAUCCAGUUUCUCCAGUUGACCUGAAAGUGGACUCUGUGUCUGGCAGCCCAGACUCCUGUAACCUCACUGUGACCUGCAGCACAGUGAAUUCUCAAAUCAGAAGCAUUUUCACAUGUGUUGCCCAAAACUGCUCUCAGGUGGAAGAAAACAGUUUGAAAACCCCAGAUUAUUAUUCGUCUUUAAUUGUUUACCUGCAUGGAGACUUCAUCAUCUGUAAUCACAGCAAUAACGUCAGCUGGACAGACAGUAAGACUAAACCUUACUGUGAGACAAGGACAGUUCGUAAAUUCCUGGUUUCUGUCCAGUCAUUCUCACCACAGACAUGCCGUUAACCAAGUUUCAAGCGCAAACAUAAUAAUCGCAGCUGCUAGUGGCCUCUGUGGUUUCAUUUUCAUCAUUGUCAUCAUUUGCAUUGUCGCAAAACGUAACCGAAGGAACCAGGAAAAUCAACUGUAUGAGGCUGCUCAAGAGCAUCCUCCAGGCCAAACUCGAAAUGAGAAUGUUCCAGGAGAUGCCUCGAGUCUUUCCCCAACAUCUACUUAUGCCCUCGUGGCGUUUCACCCUAAAACAGAAUCCACAAAGUCCAAAAAGAUUCCACAGCCAGAGACGGUGUAUGCUCAGGUUACCAGAGCCACCAGGCCCAGAGUCACUGCCCAACAAACAGAGCUGGAGAACAUCAGCAGUAUAAAUUCACAAGGCUAAACACAUAUGAACUAUGAACACUUGAACUCUGCUUUUUUUUUCUUCUAAAAUGUUGGCACAGAGGACAUGUUGGAUCAAAUUUAUCACCUGUUUAAAACACAAAUGAACUGAAUAUUUUCUUAAUGUUUUCAAACAUUAUCCUUUUUUGUAGUAAUAUCUUUGUGUUUUAGAUGGUGAUGUUUUACUGUGAAGUACAAUAUUUUGUU